AUGUACAGGGUCAAGGCCGUCUACGACUACUCGUCGCCCCACGAGGACGACCUGGAUUUCAAGGCUGGCCAGAUCAUAUCCGUCACCGAGGAAGAGGGCGACGACUGGUACGUGGGCGAGUACAUUGACGAUACUGGCACCAAGCGCGAUGGUCUCUUUCCCAGGAACUUUGUCGAGAAAUACGAGCCCGAGCCACCACCACGGCCCAACCGGGCAUCAAGAUAUAAGACCACCGAGCAGCCCGCCGUACAAGCAGCACCCCCGAUUCCAGACACACCGCAGCCGCAAGAGCCAGACCAACAGCCAGAACCAGAACCAGAACCAGAACCAGAACCAGAACCAGCACCAGAACCAGCACCAGAGCCAGAACCGGUGCGCCAUGAAGAGCCAGAGCCUCCCAGGGCUCAGCCUCCGCCGCUCGAGGUGCCUGCGGCUGCCAAAACCGUGCCACUGCCCAUGUCGCCCAUGUCACCUGCCUCAGCCUCCACCCGUAGGGCCCCCGAGCUGCCCGCACAGGCCCCGCUACAGCAAGAGUCCGCUGCGAAACCGGCUCCUGCGAGCAAGAAGCCCCCGCCACCCAUCGCCGCCAAGUCCAACGCCUUUCGAGACCGCAUUGCAGCCUUCAAUGCUCCUGCCGCCGCACCCAUUCAACCCUUCAAGCCCGCCGGUGCCCCUACAAACUUCAUCAAGAAGCCCUUUGUAGCCCCCCCGCCAAGUCGCAAUGCCUAUGUGCCUCCUGUUCGGGAGGCGCCACCGGUCCAGACAUAUCGUCGGGAGGAAGACCCCGAGAUCGCCGAGCGCCAGGCACAGGACAAUGAUGCCGCAGAGAAGGCUGGGCUCGUCGCUCAUGAUGCGCCUGCCCAAGCGGCCACCGAAGAGGAGAGUCAGCCCAAGGUCAGUCUCAAGGAGCGCAUUGCGCUCCUCCAGAAGCAGCAGCAAGAGCAGGCCAUCAGAGCAGCAGCGAUGCACAAGGAGAAGCCAAGGCGACCACCCGUGAAGAAGAGAACGGAAUCAAUCGACGCGCAUCCUGAAGAUAGUGAGGACACGGGCUUGGAGCGCGUGGCAAGCGGUGCCUCCAAAGAACGCAUCUCCAUGGACCAGGCCCGGCCUCCGCGCGUCUCCCACGACAUCAAGUCGCCCGACGAGCACCAGCGUCAUCGCGAGAUUCUCAGUGACGCAAACGAUGCCGACCAAUCGGCUGCCGGCGAUACGGAAGAUGCUGGAGGCGAGUCUACGAGCGUGGAAGGUGAUGAGGAGCGGAACAAUGUGCAGCAAACGCAACCAUCUCUACCCAUCAGAGCUGCCGCAGCACCAACACAGGAGCCAGAUGUGGGCGAUGAGCAAGAUGUUGAGCCGGAAGAAGGGGAGGAAGAGGAAGAAGAAGACGAGAUGGAUGCUGAGACAAGGCGGAAGCUCGAACUGCGGGAACGCAUGGCCAAGAUGAGCGGGGGCAUGGGCAUGCCAGGCAUGUUUGGUGGGAUUCCAAUGGGCGGCUUGCCGCCACCCAAGAAGAAGAAGCCGAUCCUGGAGAGCAAGAGAGUUGAUGGUGACGAGGAGCCGUCGCUCCCGCAACAGCGCGUAGCCAUGUUACCGAUGCCCGGCAUGCCCACCGUCAAGAGCCCCGAGCAAGAGGACAGACAAGUGUUACAGGUCGAGAAGGAGGAUGAGACCGCACCUCCAAUCACCAGUGCUCAUCGUCCAGAUGAAGUCCCUGAUGUGGAGGAUGUGCAGCCUCAUCUUACUGACCGAACGCCGACUGGCGAGCAACCACCGCCAGUUCCCAUGGAGAGUAAGUUCAUAAUUCCUCGCAAGCCACUCGGUCCUUUUGCUCUUCAAGGCCUGCACUGUUUUCAGCCAUCAUCCUUCGAGACCGUUUGCAAGACCUAUGUUGCUUGCGACGAGUUUGCGGAGUACAUGAUGACUGUGAGCGUGUCUAAACGGCCCUUGGCCCCUCCUGUCCCCUCUGCCACUCGGCCAGCUCCCCCAGCUCCCCCACAAGUCCUCUCGCCAGGUCCAGGCUCAGAGUCUGGAGACGAGAUGACAGACGCACCCAGUGCUUUGUCACCCAACACCCCGUCUGCACCCUUUGCCAGUCCCACGAAACGAAACUCAUACUUUAAUUCGGACAAUAUGCGUCAAGCACCUUCAAUACCGCUUCAAGCAGCGAGGCCAUCAUCACCAGCAGUGAGCCGCCCACCUCCACCGCCUCCCCCAACACAGGCGCCCCCUUCUCGACAUGGGGAGGAACCGCCAAGGAGACUGGACCGCAACGAGGGCGAGACGGAUUAUGAAGGCGACUAUGACACCGACAUCGCGUCUGGUGCGACGCACAAAGACGCCCUCAAAUCGCACGCAAGAGAGGCCAGUAUGGACGGCAGUACGACAGAGGAACCCUCGCCCGCACGUUCGCCCACAGCACCUCAUGGACUUCCACCUUUUCCACCGCAUCUUCCACGUGCCGUUCCACCUCCUCCACCUCAUCAACCACCUAGCCGAUCAUCAAUCGAUGUUCCCCGCGGUGCACCGCCACUACCUCCGGUUCGCCCCACUACUAAUGACGCCCAGUUGGACGAAGACGAUGAUGAGUAUGACCCUUACCGGUAUGCUGGCCCCCCAGUCGCGUCACCUCCUCCUAUGCCGAGAGCUGUGCCUCCGCCACCACAGAGUCAACCACCCCAGCCGCAUAACAAGCCGCCACCACCUAUGCCGCCGUCGAUGCCUCCUGCCGUACACCGGCAAGCCCCAGAGUCAGAUGAGGAUGAUCUGUAUUCUGCUCCUCAACCAAGAAAAUCUCACGAUCGACCAAGACCACCUCCACCACCUCAGGCAGCGCCACACCAACCCGCUCCACCGCCAGCUCACCAACAUGCGCCCCCUCCUCCACCGCGCCAGUUUGCACCUCCGCUCCCACCCCAGGAAAGGCCUGCGCCACCUCCGCCGCCAGAUCGAUCUACCAUGGCAGCACCGGGUGGGGAGCCCCAACCUCGAAUGCCAAUAGGCCGGAAGUCACUGGAUGCCAACCGCGCUCUAGGCAGUCGGCCUUCCAUGGACCAGUCACGGCCUGGCCUAGGUGCAGACUUCAUUGCUAGGGACAUUGAUCUUGGCAUGUCAUCACACUGGUGGACUCAACCAAAGAUGCUGCCACCUUCACUACAAGGCCGCAAAGACAUCCUUGUAGAUAUGCAGGAGAGCACGUCCGGUAACACGGUUGAAAAGCUGGUCAAGGUCCUCCACUUGGAUUACUCCCAAACAACUGUGUCUGCUCGCUUUGACCUCUCCAACGUCUCUGACGUCGAGCUCGAACAGCGCAACGACCCGCCACCCCCAACCCAACGCCCCGACCAACUGGAGGCCGCCUACGAACAAUAUGGCCGCGCCAUCGCUAAAGCCGUCGAGUUGAAGCAAAACACUGUCGUUGGCGCCGGAACUCCCUGGUCUCUAGUCGAUGAACUUCUCAAACCUCUUGCCGACGCCCUUCCUCCCGUAUCCACACGAGCAUUUGGCGCCCUUGUCUACGCCAACCUGGCCAAUGCAUCGACGCAGUCGUUUGACGAGAUUCGCCCUGGUGACAUCAUCACUUUCCGUAACGCCAGGUUUCAGGGUAAGACGGGACCGAUGCAUGCAAAGUAUGCAGUGGAUGUGGGCAAACCGGAUCACGUUGGUGUAGUAGUUGAGUGGGACGGAAGUAAAAAGAAGGUUCGAGUUUGGGAACAGGGCAGAGAACAUAAGAAGGUCAAGCAGGAGAGUUUCAGGAUGGGUGAUUUGAGGAGUGGAGAGGUGAGAGUUUGGAGGGUUGUAGGUAGAUCGUGGGUUGGGUGGUGA